AUGGCUGACGAAUUACAAAAAGCACAUUUAUAUUAUGAUGACAUUAAUAAGAUCAGAGUUUUAGAAAAUACUGUGCUCAAGGAUACUGAAGAUCUAAAAGAUACGUGUAAAUUGUAUGAAACAAAGGUUCAAGAAUUCGGAAAAAUUAUAAGUACACUAUUAAAUACACUAAAAGAACUAGGUGAUAAUGUGGAGAAGCAAAAAAUGGCAGCAAUAGGAUCAAUGAAUCUUUUGAAAUCCAUAACCAAGCAAAAAGAAAAUGAGCAAGCCAAAUUGCAAGUAAGUCUACAGUACUUGAUAACACCAUAUAAUAGAUCAUAA